AGGGACGAUCGCGCUUCAGCAAAUCUUGCCGAAUUCGGGAGCGAAUGUUGGGAAUCCUCGACGCUUGACGCCCCCGAUCACGACUUCAGUGGACGAAAACAGCAUUCGUGCCAUCUUCGCGUCCGGUUGGAGUCGUCUGGUGCACGUGGAAGCUUCUCGGCCUAGCCUAGCCUAGCCUAGCCUAGCCUAGCUUGCUAACAAAGAGCCGCGUUGGUGAUCGACACUUCGCUAAGCAGAGAUCAAGCGGGAGAGCGGAAAGCGUUGUGAUCGUCGUGUGAAAAUGUGCGCAAGGAGGACAGCAGAGAACGAGGUGGAACUUUGGGGCCCAAAGGAGGAGAAGGAGCCACGUCAACCACUGGACUCCGUGUUCAAUCUGCAGCCUCCGACUGUGCCACGCAGAGCAGACGUCAGUGAAAAUCUUCAUCCUGAGCGGCAGCGGUCAGUGUCCUCUCAAAUCAAAGAGGAAGAGGAGGACGAAGAGGUGCAACACAUUAAAGAGGAAGAGCAGGAGGAAAUCAUCAAGGUUCCAUUGACAGGUGUCCUUUUGAAGAGUGAAGAUGAAGGUCAAAGUGAGGAGAGACAAGGGGCGGAGCCUCGGAGCAGCAGCUCAAGUCAACACAUGACAACAGAAGGUGAUGGAGACCACUGUGGAGGAUCACAAGCAGACUGUGAUGAUGAUGAACAGUUAGAAGACAUCACUGAAGAUCUUCGUACUGAGCGGCAGGAGCCAGAGCCCCCCCACAUUAAAGAGGAAGUGGAGGACAAGGAGGUCCACCACAUCAAAGAGGAAGAGGAGCCCAUUUUGAUGAAAAAAGGGGAGGAAGAAGCUCGCCGCCACAUCAAACAGGAAGUGGAGGAGGACAUCACCAAGGUUCCAUCGACUGGUGUCCCUUUGAAGAGUGAAGGUGAAGGUCAAAGUGAGGAGAGCAGAGGGGCGGAGCCACCAAGCAGCAGCUCAAGUCAACACAUGAAGACAGAAGGUGACGGAGACCACUGUGGAGGAUCGCCAGCAGACGGACUCUUAGCGCCACUGUCAGAUUGUGACGGCGUGACGUCCCACUCUCCUCACACUGAUGAUGAUGAUAAACAGUCUGAAGGUGAUCUAACAUGUCACACUGACAAAAAACAAUGGAAAUGUUCUCAUUGUGGGAAAACAUUUGCAAAUAAGAGCCGUUUGAAACCGCACGUGAGAACACACACUCGAGAAAAACCUUUUGCAUGUUCAGUUUGUGGUCAAAGAUUCUCUGUGAAGGAAAGCUUAAAAUUACACACAAGAACGCACACUGGUGAGAAACCUUUUUCCUGCACAGUCUGUGGUCAAAGAUUCUCUGGAAAGGGAAACUUAAAAAAACACACCAGAACCCACACUGGUGAGAAACCUUUUUCCUGCACAGUCUGUGGUCAAAGAUUCUCCGAAAAGGGAAACUUAAAAAAUCACACAAGAACCCACACUGGUGAGAAACCUUUUUCCUGCUCAUUUUGUGGUCUCAGAUUCUCCGUGAAGAAAAACUUAAAAAAACACACAAGAACACACACUGGUGAGAAACCUUUUUCUUGCUCAGAUUGUGGUCAAAGAUUUACUCAGAAGGAAAGCUUAAAAAUACACACGAGAACCCACACUGGUGAGAAACCUUUUUCUUGCUCAGAUUGUGGUCUAAGAUUUUCUGUGAAGGAAACCUUAAAAAUACACACGAGAACCCACACUGGUGAGAAACCUUUUUCUUGCUCAGAUUGUGGUCUAAGAUUCUCUGUGAAGGAAAAGUUAAAAAUACACACAAGAACGCACACUGGUGAGAAACCUUUUUCCUGCUCCGUUUGUGGUGGAAGAUUCACUCUGAAGGAAAAGUUAAAAAUACACACAAGAACCCACACUGGUGAGAAACCUUUUUCUUGCUCAGAAUGUGGCCAAAGAUUUUCUGAAAAGGGAAGUUUAAAAAGACACACAAGAACGCACACUGGUGAGAAACCUUUUUCCUGCUCAGACUGUGGCCAAAAAUUCACUCAGAAGGGACACUUAAAAAUGCACACAAGAACCCACACUGGUGAGAAACCUUUUACUUGCUCAGAUUGUGGUCUAAGAUUCUCUGUGAAGGAAACCUUAAAAAUACACACAAGAACCCACACGGGUGAGAAACCUUUUUCUUGCUCAGAUUGUGGUCUAAGAUUCUCUGUGAAGGAAAAGUUAAAAAUACACACAAGAACCCACACUGGUGAGAAACCUCUUUCCUGCUCAGUUUGUGGUCAAAGAUUCUCUUAUAAGUAUCAGGUUAAGACACACAAGUGUGCUGGUGAGAAUAGCAGUGAUCAAGAAUAUUUUCAUGUAAAUGUUUAAAAAAAAAAAAAAAACGUACAAAAAUCUACAUUCUUGUAUUCUGUGUACCAGCUUUUAUCGUAUCUUCUUCUUGUCUAUAUAUUUUCUCAACGCCUCCCGCGGCCAAAUGUUUCGGAUUAGCACUGGUGCCAAAAUACUUUCAAGGGACUCGUUAAAGGUGAGAACAAUGGGCACUUAUUCCAGUGUUCUGGGCUCAUAAAUGAUGUUGACUGAUGAUAAGCCCUCCAGAAUAGACUAAAUAGUAAUAGAAUCGUUUUCUGAUGAAAUAUGUGAUUUUCAGAUAGAUUUUGGCCCGGCCACAUUCUGGACAUGCCAGUCUGUCACGAUUUGACACAUAACGAGCAGGAGCCGAUUACAUUUCCUCCUUGAACUCAUGUUUUCCAUGGUGUAUUUUUUGCCCAUCUAGAAAGUCUGGAUGACGUUUUGGGAUAUUCAUGACUGAAAAUAGUGAUAGUGAAAUAUGUUGGAGCGCUUGUUUAAAAAAAAUCGACCGUUGAAAUGGCUCCUUGAGGAAAGAAAGACAACGGGGUCAUCCCACAUAAAGUAAUUCCUGCAGAUUCAUUUCCUCAUCCGUCAGCUCAAUUUUGAAUUGAUUGCACCGCAUACGUAUAGUAUACGUCUAUAUGUGUGAAAAGAUCAAAUGUAUGUAUAGAUCACAAAGACGUUUCUGUAGGCGGCAUUGUGUGACAGACGCGGACUUUGGCUGGCUGUCAUAACGUCGGAUGACCCAUGACGAGGGUCUCCCGGCCGAACGCGUGACGUCACUUCAUGUUCUGAAACUGCGCCUGAUCAAAUCUUUCACUUUUAGGGUAUUAAGCCACAUUUCUUGGUUUCAUGGUUGAGGCUUGCAAGGAUGUGGUGCUCCCCCGCUGUGUUUGUAUGAUUUUCAUGAUGACACUGUAAUAAAUUUGCAAUUUUUCAGCACAUUAAAUGAGUGAUUGAACAUAAUUUUGGGAUACCAGCUG